AGUAUUUACAUUGGCUACUAGAUAKUGUACACCACCAAUGUCUCUGUUACACAGGUUGUGAGAGGAACCUAAUGAAUGGAGUGGAUUUUAGGAUAAAUYGUAUAGAGAAAGGUUUUGUACKKCAAGAUGCAAGUCAGUGCAGACAGAAAUGCACCGAAUUGUACAAUUGCCAGUACUUUACCUUUGUUGGAAAAGAAGCAAAGAUUGACCAAACUAACAGAGACAUGUGUUUUCUGAAGGCCUCAACUGGUGAUAGUUCUGUCACAAUACAGUACCUCCAACAUGCAACCUCAGGCUACUCUCUGAAAAACUGCAGUGGUAAAGUCACCUACUCAGCCAAGAAGUACAGCCUUGUCCAAGAGAACGAAAACUGGACUGAGGCACACGAGUACUGCAGACAGCACUACACAAACCUGUCCAUCGUACACACAGAAGAGGAUUGGAAGGCAAUUCAAUACUCUUUGGGUAAUUUCAGUGGUGAUGUGUGGAUUGGGCUCCAUAGGUAUGAUCCAACUGAAAAGUGGAAGUGGUCUGAUGGAGAGGACUUCAUGUUCUUGAACUGGGCAACAGAAUUAGUCAAGUACAUGGGUCRUGACUGUGUCAUCUCCACUUCAUCUCAUUGGCAACCAGAGGAUUGUCAGAAUCAAAAGCAGUAUGUGUGUCAGCAACUAGGUAAGCCUCUCUCAGUAUAUACAAUGUAUAUUAAUAAACUACUUUCAAAGUGA